AAAAUAAAUAAAAGUUAAAAACAAUAGAUCAAAAUAAUGGACAACCUACGGCGCUAUAGUUUGGAUAUUGAGCAGAGUUUUGACAACUUUAUUCGACAAAAAAUGCAGCAACUCAAAGCUCAAAAAGCCCUUACCAGUACUCCUGUGCGUACAAUGGCAAUGACACCAACAAUAAACGAUGGCUUUAAAGUACCCACAAUUACCUGUGAUAAUGUUUCGCCGCAUACUCCUUAUCUGGGUAAUGCCCAGCGCAAAGGCAGAUCUCAAUUCGAUUGUCGAUCAAAGCUCAUUAAUAAUUUUGACAGAUCGCCUAUAUGUAAUGACAACAAAUUACAACCCAAAGGCACUGUGGAGAACGAUGAUGACUCAAAGACUCCAUCACCUCAUACUCCCAGAGGUUAUGUUUACAUAUAUGAGCCAAUGCCUAGCUAUCGCUUGAAAAGAUUGCGGCAUCAUCUGCAUGCUCAUAAACCACCGCAAUAUGGUGAUUGACGACAUAAUUUGACCAUUGUUUUAAAGAAUUUAUAUAGUUUUAUGUGUUUUGUCAUGUUUUAUUUGCCACUUCUGUGAACAUCAAUUUUUUUUUAUUUGUUCAAAGAUUCUUCAAAAUAAAAAUAAAUUAUGACUAUU